CCUCCCAUCUCAGAAUUAAAGAAGACCGGGUGAAUCACGUCAUCGGGAACUUCAACUUCUUCCAUAAGCAGCACAAUGACGUCAUCAGUUCUCAGUCCGACGUCUUCGUUCUUGUUGGUUCUUGUCCUUAAUGUGAUGUUGGCUUCCAUUCCUCUGAGUGCUGUCACAGCUGAUGAGUUCUUCAAACAGCCCGCAGAAAGUAAAACAACCGUCAAGAGAUCCACGUCGGGCGAAUCUAAGCCCCCGCGAUUGCUGGAGCUUAUAGAGAUGAGAGAUGCAGUAUCCAGCAUGCUGCCUGUCGAUGAUACACCGUCUCUCACAAGGAAUUUUGAUGGAACCAGCGACGUCGGCGAUGGUCUUCAGGCGGGGGGUAGCCAAGUUCCCCGACUUUUCAAGCGCGUCUUCUGUAACGGUUUCACGGGCUGUGGUGGGCGAUUUCGUGGCCGUCGACGACAGUUGAACGAAGCCCUUGGCAAAAGGCGUCUCUCUCAGCAAAGAGUCGGGAAACGACCCUUCUGUAAUACUCUGGGUUGUUAUAAUGGUGGGCGUAAACGCCACGAAGAAGAGGAGGUGGAAUCUGGAAAAGUGGAAGAACAGCUAAAGGAACUCGUAUCAACGUCAUCAAGACUGCCCGUUUUGUCUCCCCGUGGGGGCUGGAACCUGGACGAGAAAGUGAAGAGACUCUUUUGCAACGGCUAUGGUGGGUGCCAGAACGGCGGGAAGAGGUGGGGAAAAAGCGGGAUGGGCACAAAACAGACUGGUGCGUCGAGUCGGAACCUGGCACUCCCCUUAUCGGACGAGUCAUUAAAGAAAUUGUCCACAAUGAAGCGCUUUUUCGCCGGUGGUUACGACAAUGAUAUGGAAGGUCUGAUCGACAGCUUAAAAAGAUGAAAUCCCUCAAUUGACCCAGGUGCUGCACCAGAGGGAGCUGGGGAUCUGGGCAUCAUUAGAAAGUGGCAAAAAGUAGCUUUUUAUGUGCAUCAGACCUGGGAAGAUAGGAUGCAAAAUGUGGUUAAGUAAUAACUAAAUGACCAGUACUGUGUAAUAAAGAGAUUUCUUUGUUGAAACUUU